AUGUUUUGUGCUUGCUGCUCCCAUAGCAGCCCAGAUGGGGCCGAAGAUGUGAGCAUCGUCCAAACGCUUGUGGACUCGAAAGCGGAGGCAGAGACGGAGGCUGUGGCAGGGGUUGAGCCGAAGUUCGAAGCUGCGGUGGUUCAAGAGGCAAAGGGAACCGAAGAGCUCGGCGCCUUUGAGCCGGUGGAGGAGGGUACCUGCUUGACCUUUCAGCUUCCAGACAACAGCAUAAAGGAGGUUCGCUUCACCAGCAAGCCUUUGGGCUUGGAUUUCAUGAAGACCAUGCCGCUCACGGUCAAGAACGUCAAAUCUGGAUCCGUUGCAGAAGCGCAGAAGGUGGAAAAGACCUGGAUCAUCACGCACGUGCAGGGCAUGGCAAUAGGGAACGAUCUCAAUGAAGCUGUCGGUCAGCUGUCAGCCGCGAUGAAGGACCUGCCCAUCAAGAAGCCCGAGUGA